AUGCGCAAUAUUCUUUCAAACCAUAAUCGCUUUGUCAUUCUCAUGAGCGGUCUCUCUGUUGUUGGGGCUUUGCAAUUGUUAUUUGUCGCAGUUGCUGCCUCAGUUUUAGUUGUCUGCAGCGAUCUUGUGUCAUUGUUGUCUGUGGCGGAACCGCUUAAUUACCCGAAGGCUGUUUGCAUAUUUAAGGCAAGGGGGAAGUGGGUGACGGAAAUUCAGCAGGCAUAG